CUUAUAAGUUACUACCCACUUUUCCUUCACUUCAGCUGGGAGCCAGCCGCCGCUUUCUCUCUCUGUCCGUCUGUUCGUCGCUCGCCGCCGCCGCCUUCUUCCUUUCUGGCUCGCCUUCCUCUUUUUUUUCCGCUGCUUGAGAGAACCGUCGGCGCUGUCCAGGACGCGCGAGCCGCCACCAUGUCCGAGAUCAAAAAGCAAAAGGUGAACCUCCAAAGGUCAACCAAUGUGGUGUACCAAGCCCAUCAUGUUAGCAGAAACAAGAGAGGACAAGUUUUGGGCACAAAAGGUGGAUUUCGUGGCUGCACAGUAUGGCUAACAGGUCUUUCUGGUGCUGGUAAGACAACCAUUGGGUUUGCCCUUGAGGAAUACCUCGUGUCUCAUGGCAUCCCUUGCUACUCUCUUGAUGGGGACAACAUUCGUCAUGGUCUCAACAAGAAUCUAGGUUUCUCUGCUGAUGACCGAGAAGAAAAUAUCCGCCGUAUUGCUGAAGUUGCCAAACUAUUUGCAGAUGCUGGCUUAGUUUGCAUUACUAGUUUCAUUUCUCCUUUUUCAAAGGACCGUGAGAAUGCACGGAAGAUUCAUGAGAUAGCUGGGCUACCUUUCUUUGAAGUUUUUGUGGACGCACCUCUCAAUAUCUGUGAAAGUAGGGACGUGAAAGGCCUAUACAAAAAAGCACGAGCUGGAGAAAUCAAAGGAUUCACUGGAAUCGAUUCAGAGUAUGAGAAACCAGAAAUGCCUGAACUUGUGCUGAAAACCAACAUUUUUUCAGUGACUGAAUGCAUCCAGACUAUUGUGGAGCUCCUGCAAGAGCAGAACCUUGUUCCUUCCACUGCAAUUAAAGAUGUGCUUGAGCUGUUUGUGCCUGAAAAUAAAGUGGAACAAACUUGGGCUAAAGCUGGUACUUUGCCAUCUAUAAACAUUACCAAGUUGGAUCUACAGUGGGUUCAAGUCCUAAGUGAAGGUUGGGCCACUCCACUCAAAGGGUUUAUGCGGGAGAAAGAAUAUUUGCAAGUUAUCCAUUUUGGCACUUUGCUUGAUGGAGUGGGUAAAAUUAAUAUAUUCAAGCUUGAUGGAGUUAUUAACCUGAGCAUACCAAUUGUACUUCCAAUCUCUACUGAAGACAAAAAACGUCUGGAAGGAUGCAGCGCAUUCACUCUGGAGUACAAUGGGCGGAGGGUGGCAAUCCUUAAAAAUCCAGAAUUUUUUGAACACAGGAAGGAAGAGCGCUGUGCUCGUGUUUGGGGAACCACCUGCGCAAAGCACCCACAUGUAAAAAUGGUGAUGGAGAGUGGAGACUGGCUUGCUGGGGGCGAACUCCUUGUGCUGGAGAGAAUAAAAUGGAACGAUGGACUGGACCAGUACCGCUUGACUCCAUUGGAGCUGAGGGAAAAGUUCAGAGAGAUGAAUGCAGAUGCAGUUUUUGCUUUCCAACUCCGUAAUCCGGUGCACAACGGACAUGCUCUGCUAAUGCAGGAUACUAAACGCCGGCUGCUGGAAAGGGGCUACAAACAUCCAGUGUUGCUCCUGCAUCCUCUUGGUGGAUGGACCAAGGAAGAUGAUGUCCCCUUGGAUUGGCGCAUGAAGCAGCAUGCUGCAGUGCUAGAAGAACAUGUCUUGGAUCCCAAAUCCACCGUCGUUGCAAUUUUCCCUUCUCCCAUGUUGUACGCUGGCCCAACAGAGGUCCAGUGGCAUUGUAGGUCUCGAAUGAUCGCUGGUGCCAAUUUCUACAUUGUGGGUCGAGAUCCGGCAGGUAUGCCACAUCCAGAGACCAAGAAAGACCUGUAUGAACCCACACAAGGUGGAAAAGUGCUUAGUAUGGCUCCAGGACUAACCUCAGUGGAAAUAAUUCCCUUCCGAGUGGCUGCUUACAACAAAGUACAAAAAGCAAUGGUUUUCUAUGAUCCAGACAGGCACAAUGAAUUUGACUUCAUUUCUGGCACACGCAUGAGAAAGUUGGCUCGUGACGGUGACAAUCCCCCUGAUGGGUUCAUGGCGCCAAAAGCAUGGAAAGUGUUGACAGAAUACUACACAUCGAUGGAAAAAAAAUAAUUAAUUAUGCUGUCUCUGUCAAAGUGCCUUUAUUUUAAAUAUGAGCUCUGCUAAUUGAUGAAUGUGCUAUGAUGUUUCAUCUAGUCUGGAAUCUUUUGAUUGCUGGGCAUUUUCUUUCUGGACCAUACGAUGAUUCUGGACCAGCUUUUCCAUUUUUAGAGCUUAAAUAGUCGAUUUCUUCUUAAUUUCCAGGAAUGCCAUAAAACAAGUUUUGACUGUACACAUCAAAAGAAAAAAA